AUGGUGGAACAGGCCAUUUGGUCCAAGAAGAUGUCAAACGGAGUGAGGAGGACUGCGGUGUCUGCGGAACAGGCUCGGGCCUAUAACUGUCAGGUCCGUCCCUCUGUGACGGACAGUGGAUCCAGACUGAAGUGGACCAACACGAGUCACCAGCCUCAGACUCUGGUGGGAGAUGAGGCCCUGUACGUGAAUCCCUCAGACUGCUAUAACGUGCACUGGCCGGUCGUCAGAGGAGGCCUGAACCUUCACUCUGGUCCUGGGGGGUCUCUGUCCGCUGUCAUGGCCGACCUCCACACCAUCUGGAGCCACGCCCUCCUCAAACACCUGGACAUCCCCCUCAAGGACCUCAAGUAUUACAGAUGUAUCCUGCUGGUCCCAGACAUCUACAACCGACAACACGUCAAACACCUGGUGGAUCUGUUACUGCUCCAAAUGGGAUUCUCUGUGGUGUGUUCUUGGCUCCGCCCCCUGAGCAGUGUUGUGUUCUUGGCUCCGCCCCCUGAGCAGUGGUGUGUUCUUGGCUCCGCCCCUGAGCAGUGGUGUGUUCUUGGCUCCACCACCUGA